AUGUCAUUAAUAAUCAAAGCAAAGGAAAUGUUUUUGUUGCGACUUUUGAUAUUGAUGUUUUCUAUGCAUUUGACAUUGAGCUGCAAUGGAUAUAAAAUAAUUUACAAAAGUCUUCGAAACUGUGGAGGGGACUUAAAUCAAAUUAUAAAACCUUUAAACAUUUCAUUACAAUUGAAUGAUAAAUGUGAAAUUUCUUCAAGUUCUUGUUCUCAAAUUAAACCUUUUGGGUCAGGAAAGUUAAAAAUGUCAUCAUUUGAUGGAAAGCUACAAAUUGCUCAAAUAGAACUUGAUUUAUGCAGCAAAAAACCAUUACCCGAUCAUUUUAUAGUUCCGUUUUAUACAUUUGCAAUCCCAAGUGAAUGCCCGUUCAGGAAAAAUGCAACCAUUUGUCGCAAAGGCACAGACGUAACAGUUUUACCGAAAGUUUUUAAAAGACUUUUACCACUUUUUGCGGAAAAUAAGUCAACCAAAAUGCGAAUAGAAAUUCAUCAUGACACAGGAAUAUCAUGUUUUGAGAUUGAAGGUAAACUUACAAGAAGUUUGAAGGGCAAUUGA